GGCUUCGCGACGGGCUUUGGCGGUACGAACUAUUACGAUUACCCAUCGGUCAUAGUGAGAGGUAUAUACUAAUGGAUAAUUUCUACGUAGGCCCGCCAGCUUGUUGGAUCGUUCACAAACACUUCGAGCGGUUUCUGAUCGGUGCCGACCCUAGAAAUACCAACCUGCUAUUCGAACAGAUGUACCGAGCCUCUAUGUUUUACGGCCGCAAAGGACUACCGAUAGCUAUCAUCUCUGUUAUCGACCUCGCCCUUUGGGACUUGCUCGGCAAGUUGAGGAACGAACCGGUAUAUAGGCUCAUCGGCGGCGCGGCGCGGGAGCGGAUAGACUUUUACUGUACGGGACCAGAGCCGACUGCCGCGAAGGCGAUGGGUUUCUGGGGAGCUAAAGUUCCGCUUCCGUUCUGCCCGGCCGACGGUCACGAGGGUCUGAGGAAGAACAUAGAGUUCCUCCGCAAGCAUCGCGAGAGCGUGGGACCGGACUUCCCCAUAAUGGUCGACUGCUACAUGAGCUUGAAUGUGUCGUACACAAUCGAGAUCGCUAAGAAGUGUGAAGACUUGAACAUCAACUGGUGGGAGGAAUGCUUGUCCCCCGACGAUACCGACGGCUUCGAGCAGAUCAAGAGGGCGCAUCCUACGCUCAAGUUCACGACGGGAGAACACGAGUACUCGAGGUACGGAUUCCGCAAGCUGAUCGAGGGGCGCAAUCUCGACAUCAUCCAACCAGACGUCAUGUGGCUUGGCGGCAUGACGGAGCUUCUCAAGGUCUCUGCUAUGGCUGCCGCCUACGAUAUUCCUGUCGUGCCUCACGCGAGCGGACCUUAUAGCUACCACUUCGUCAUCUCUCAACCCAAUACUCCCUUCCAAGAGUAUCUAGCCAACUCCCCCGACGGAAAGAGUGUUUUACCGGUCUUCGGCGACCUCUUCCUCGACGAACCUAUUCCGACCAAAGGUUUCCUGACCGCGGCCGACCUCGAUAAGCCUGGCUUUGGCCUUACCUUGAACCCCACCGCUAGAUCGAAGCUGAUUCCGUCGGACUAUCUAUUAAGUCCGCCGCCGGCGAGCAUAUUGCAGACCGCGACAGGGCUGCCCGACUCGACACCUGCCCAGACCGCGGAGGCGGAACCUACCGAGAAGACAAACUAGCCUCGUAGAUCAUCUUACGGGGGGCGUAAAGAACGUGGCUACGAGCGCCUAGAAAAGAAAAGGCACGAAUUCGAACGACGAGAAUACCUAUAUUCAUGCCUGUACUCAUAUCAUCCUUACCCAUACGUACUCGAGUGGAUGCUGGGCGCAGGAAAACACUAGAGAUAGGAGGGUGAGGGAAGCAUGAAAUGAAAUACCGGCAGUUGGACAUGUGCUAAAAAUCCGGUGAAUACUGCCGAUAUUGGAACGGAAUCCUACGGAGGGUUAUCCGCCUAAUGUAGUAAUGGCCGACUUGCAUGUAAUGGUUGCUGGGUCGGGACUUGCGCGUUAGGAAGGUAUCUUGGAUCUCGGAGAUAGGAGCGUUCGCGUUCAAUACACGCCGUAUACAGAUUAGUUGGUAUGAAUUAUACUUGCUAGUUAUACUUGC